AAAUACUCAAAAUAGUACCGUAUCAAAAGGGAAAUCCCCAAAAAAAUUCGCUCGGUAGGCCCUCCUACACAAAUUUCAUCAUCUUUAAAUUUUAAAAAUCGUACUAUUUUCCUCCUCAAAUUCCUCUGCUUUCCCUGGGGAAAGGAAUGGAAAAUCGAAGAGAAAAUGUUGUGCUCUUCCCUUUCAUGGCACAAGGUCAUAUUAUACCAUUCUUUGCCUUAGCUCAAAAGAUAGAAAAGCAUGGCUAUAGCAUAACAUAUGUAAACACCCCUCUUAACAUCAAGAAACUCCAAAGAUCUCUUCUUCCGGGCUCCUCCAUUAAAUUAGUCGAGAUCCCUUUUAACAGCACAGAACAUGGACUUCCUCUAGGAGCCGAAAACUCGGACUCCCUUCCUCACAACCUUCUCUUCAGCCUUCUCCAAGCCACCAUGAGUUUCAAAAUUCCAUUCAAGAAGUUGCUUUUUGAUAUUAUACAAGAACAAGGAAGUGUGAAGCCUGUUUGUGUAAUAGCAGACUUUUUUUUUGGAUGGACAGUUGAUAUAGCCCAUGAAUUUGGAAUUUUUCAUUCAAUUUUCAGUGCAAAUGGUGGCUUUGGCAUGGCUUGUUUCUAUUCCAUGUGGCUGAAUUUACCCCACAAGAAUAUUGAUGGCGGGUUUGGUAAGGAGGAUUCAACAGUACUGUACAGUAUUAUCGAAGAAGAAAAACUUAAAUCUCAUUCUUUAUACUGUCCAGACGUGUUUAGUAGGGAGUGUGCAGAAUUUCUGCUGCCUGAUUUUCCUGAAGCUGGAAAACAUCAUGUUACACAGUUAUCCCCUUCUUUGAAAAUGGCAGGAAAGAAUAAUCCUCUUACAGAAUAUCAUCGGAAGAAUCUUCCAACUUGGGCUAAUUCUGAUGCUAUUCUUCUCAACACAGUCGAAGAACUCGACAAGCUUGGAUUAAUGUAUUUUCGUCGUAAAUUAGGCAUUCCAGUUUAUGCAAUUGGACCAGCAUUGCUUUCGGAAAAUGUUAGAUCAUCUAGAGCUGGUAAGGAGGCAACAAUUAGUCCGGAUAAAUGUAUCGAAUGGCUCGAUAAAAAGGAAGUGAAAUCUGUACUAUACAUAUGCUUUGGAUCGAUGAAUACAAUCUCAGCUUCACAUAUGAUGCAACUGGCAAAAUCCCUUGAUGCUAGUGGAAUAAAUUUCAUAUGGGUUGUUAGACCACCAAUAGGAUUCGACAUAAAUGCGAAAUUCGUAGCAGAUAAGUGGCUGCCGGACGGGUUUUUGGGUCGAAUUCAGGAUCAUGAAAGAGGGCUAAUAAUUGAUACAUGGGCACCCCAGGUGGAAAUUUUGUCACAUAAAUCUGUGGCUGCAUUUUUAAGUCAUUGUGGUUGGAAUUCAGUACUGGAAUCACUUACAAGUGGGGUGCCAUUAAUAAGUUGGCCUGUGGGUGCUGAGCAAUUUCAUAAUGCAAAGUUCUUGGUGGAAGAAGUUGGAGUGUGCGUGGAAAUGGCUAGAGGAACCAGUUUUGAGGUCAGCCAGGAGGACAUAAUUGAAAAGAUUGAAUUUUUCAUGGGUGGAAGUGAGAAUGAGAAGUUGAAGGAGAUUAAGAGGAAAUCUUGUGAAGUUGAAGAAAUUAUGAAAAAUGCUAUUAGAGAUGAAGAAAUUUGCAGAGGUUCUUCCGUGAAAGCCAUGGAGGAAUUCUUUAAAGCUGCAUUAUUGAUGAAGGAUGGAACGAAAAAUACAAAUUAAUUAUUAAUUAGGGCCCUCUCUUUUAAUUCUCUCAAGUACUGUCUUAUUUUGUUUCUACGCCUAUGUGGUUAAGAUUGUGACUGAUAAUUAUAAAUGACAGGAAAAUUUAUAAUCAUCUUUAA